AUGGCGUCGGUCCACUCCAUCUCCUCCGACAAGGACGAGGAGCGCGACGCGAUGCAGGAUGACCUGAUCGACGACGACGACGAUGUCGGGCCGGAGCUGGACGCGUCUCAGAAAGAAUAUCUUGCGCACCACGAGCGGCUCGACGACAUGCUGACUCCACUGGUGCUGGAGGAAGCCCGUCUCUACAAACUGGCCCGGCGCUUCUCCACCACCUAUCGCCAACUGGCCUUGACCUCGGACCAGCAGUUCUUGCCAACCCCCGUGACCCAGCUGCCCACCGGCCAGGAAUCCGGUCGCUACCUGGCGCUCGAUGUAGGGGGCAGUAAUCUCCGCGUGGCAUUUAUCGAGUUGUUGGGCGAGGCGGCCGAGUCCGAGGUGCGCUCGACCGAUGCCUCGGAGAGGUCUCAGGACACCAUUCGCAAGGCCCAGCGCCAGCGCGUGAAGCGUACGCUGGAGCGGGCAUGGCCUAUCCAGGAACAUCUGAAGAUGGACAAGGCAGAGGAUCUUUUUGCGUGGAUCGGCGACUGCAUCGCGGAGGUCGUGGCGGAGAGCCUCUCCUCUGACGCCACCAAAAAAGACAUCCCCGAAGAGCUGGACUUGGGGAUUACCUUUAGUUUCCCCAUAUUGCAAGAGUCAUUGGCAGAGGCGACAUUGAUGCCAAUGGGGAAAGGCUUCGCCAUCACGUCGAACCUCAAUCUGCACAAGAUCCUGCUGAACGGCUACGAGAAGCACACCCGGCGACCAGACGACGAGGACGAGCCUUCGAAAAAGCGACGGAAGUUGUUUGCUCUGCCCAAACUCAAGAUCGCAGCCAUCACCAACGACACCGUCGCCACACUCGCUUCCCUCGCCUAUGCGGUCAAAUCCCUGCCCAACAGUCGCGUGGCCAUGGGUAUUAUUGUGGGUACGGGAUGCAACGCCACAAUCCCGAUGAAACUCGACGCGUUGCACGAGGACAAGGCCAAGAGCGUGAAUGCCAUGAAGCCGGAUGCCGUGGAGACCAUCGUGAAUACCGAGUGGACCAUCUCCGGCGCAGCCCCGCCGCUCAAAGAACUCGGAGUGACCACGAAAUGGGACACUGAACUCGACAGGGCCUGCACACGCCCAGGAUUCCAGCCGUUCGAGUACAUGACAGGCGGGCGCUACAUUGGCGAACUCAUCCGCCUCAUCCUCUUCGAUUAUCUUACUACGAUCGCAGGACUGUCGAAACGCAUCCUGCCGGCCAACCUCGUCCAAGAAUACGCCCUGACCACCACCUACAUCUCCGACACCGUGGCCCGCGCCCGAUCCGACCAAGAUCUCGCCAAGGAGCUGAACCAGUCCCUGCCCCCGCCCGAGUCCAGCGACUGGCGCUGGGACGCUCUCGCCGCUGGCGCAUUCCGGAAAAUCGCGCGCACCGUGCAGCGCCGAUCCGCGGGCUUGAUUGCCGCUGCGGUGGUCGGCCUGCUCGCCUGCGCGCGCGAGAUCGAGCUGAAAGAAGAUAGCAACGUCAACACUCCGCUGAAUCCCGCCUCGCCGCUGAGCAACGGCGAUCCUCACACUCAUGACCACACCCCUGCGCCCAUUGCAGCGGCUGCCAGUCUUGCUGCAUCCUCCACCACUGCCGCCAGGAACAAUGUUCACGGACAUGUUGUCCCCGUCCUAGAACCCACCCCGGCAGACUGGCAAUCUGGUCCAGAGGAGCUGGUCGUUGCGUACACGGGCGGUAUCAUCCAGCAUUAUCCGCACUUUAAAGAAAUGUGCCAACAACACAUCGACCGCCUCAUCAUGCGCACCGGUCCGCAAGAAGGAGGCAAAUCCGUGUUUCUGCGCGAAGCCUCCGACGGCGGUGUCAUUGGAGCCGGUGUUUUGGCGGGAAUGGUUGGCCGCAAGUAA